AAAUAGGUAAAACGGAUUGAAACGGAGGGAGCACAUAUUUCCCCACGUGUCCAUAAAACUUGAAAAAAAAAAAAAAAAGAAUUGGGCUUGCCCGAGUAGUUUAUAGCCUUUUGGGCCUCAAUAGGUGAACCACCAAAUCAUCCUCUUUUUCUUCAUUCGAUUCGAAAAUUAGGGUUUUGUGCGGUAUGGAGAGAGCAAUGAAUGUUAGGAUGAAAAAUGGGGAUCGGAAAAGUAAGAAGACAGGAAAAAAGAAUAAUAUGCAGAGAUUAGGAGGAGGAGGAAGAGGCGGCUUAUCACUGGAAGCAUUUGCAAACGCCAAAACCAAGACCAACACUUACAACCCUGCCAUCAUAAAGAAGCAAAGGGAGUUCUAUAAGAAUGCCAAAUAUGUGAGUAAAUAUAAGAGGAUAAUGAAGCAACAUGGGGAACCUUCUGAUGGCGCAAGACACGUAGAGGAUGAUGGACAGGAUAUUGAAAGAGCUGCUGCUGAUAAGGAGGUGGAUACAAAAAAUAAGAAGAAAAGUGGUGUAAGCCUAAGAGAAAUAUAUGAGAGAAAACGGGAGGAGGACGGCAAGGCGAGGAUGGAGACAGAGGCCGCUAUUCAAGCCAGGAAAGAGGAAAGACAGGGAGCUGAAGCUCGAAGGAAAGAGCUAAGGGGAAAAAUGCUGAAGAAAACCAGGUCUGGCCAACCAGUCAUGAAGUAUAGAAUACAACAUAUUUUGGAAACACUUGAAGGGUCAAAAGAAGAUUAAGCAGUGACACCGGGAGAAUCAAAAAACAGCCUACAAAAUCAAGUAGAAGAGUUGAAGGAAAAAUUCUGCGUUUAUCGUCUGUCUGUCUUGUCCAAUAAAAAUAUAUUAUUAUACUCCGUCUUGUUUUCAGUAACCCUCUUCAGACAUGGAUAGAUCCACCUUGUUAGGUGUGAUUUGUGAAUUUGAUCAUUAAUCAUAGGCAGAAAGGAUCGGGAUUCCCUUGAACUUCACAUUCGCUUACCCAUUGAACAGUGGAGUACUAUACUCUACUGUAAUACAAAUCACUCUGUUAUCUUUUCCCA